CCCACACUCCAGCAACAACGCGAUGCGCAACGUAUAUCAUCGCCGCGUCCUGCUCGCAAUAGAGAUGAUUCGGUGACGGCACACAGUCCCUGUUCAACCUCCACAAUGGCACCUCCCAAAGCGAUACUCUUCGACGUCGGCGGCGUAGUGGUCCUCUCCCCCUUCCAAGCCAUCCUCGACUACGAAAUCGAGAAUCGUAUACCGAUUGGGUACAUCAACCACGCGAUCCAGCGCGGCCCCCCGGACACGGGCGCUUGGCAGCUCAUCGAGCGCGGGGCGUGCCCGCUCGACGACGCGUGGUUUGCUGCGUUCAAGGCGCAGCUCUCGCGGCCGGAGGUCUGGCGCGAGUACUGGGUGCGGUUCCACGCGCGGGGCGGCGGGCACGCGGAUACGGGGCCCUCGGGCGUGGAGCUGGGCGCGCAGGUCCCGCCAGUGCCGGCCAUCGCGGCCAAGACGCUGUUCUGGCGGAUGAUGCGGUACAGCCGGCGCCCGGACCCGUGGAUGUAUCCUGCGCUGAAGCGGCUGAGGGAGAUUGGGGAGAGAGACGGCACGUGGAUUGUCGGCGCGCUGAGCAACACGGUGCAUUUCCCCACCGGCAUCCUGGACGACGAGGGCGUCGUCUUCGACAAGUCCAUUCUCUUCCCCGAGUCGCCAGACUUCCGCGGCGACAGCCCCAACUUGGCCGACUGGUUCCAUAUCUACCUCUCCAGUGCGCACAUCGGGGUGCGCAAGCCUGACCCGGAGGCGUACGAGUUGAGCGUGCGGGAGCUGUCAAAGAUCGCCGAGGCGAAGGGGCUGGGAAAGGUGGAGAAGGCGGAUGUGCUGUUUUUGGAUGACAUUGGGGUCAAUUUGAAGUUUGCGAGACAGGUGGGGUUGAGGACUAUCAAGGUGGAUUUGGGGGAGACGAGGGAGGCGGUGAGGAAGUUGGAGCGGGAGGUCGGGGUUGGGUUGAUGGCGGAGAAGGGUCGGUUGUAGGGACGGGCAUGUUGAGGUAUGGUCGGGCCAUCGUUGUCUUUGUGCACGGAGGUACAGCUGCUCACGGGAAUCUGGGUAUAGAAGAUGAUGGGGGAGAUAUGCUUAGGAAGGGCCGUUAUGGGAACAUUGGUUGUUUGGCACUUGGAAGAAAUCACAGUGGCUAAUAAUCAAAAACGAGAGUCCGCCCG